AUGCCUCUGGUUAAAGCCGUUUGCAAAGUUGCAAGGCUACCCUUGCGCUUCAUUUGUGGCUCCUGUGGCUGUGGCCGCAAGCCCCACGGGGUCACCCGUGACCCCCAGCCCCACUGGGCCACCCGUGACCCCAAGCCUCACUUGGCCACACGUGACCCCAAGCCCCACGAGGUCAUCCGUGACCCCAAGCCCCACGGGGUCACCCGUGACCCCAAGCCCCACGGGGUCAUCCGUGACCCCAAGCCCCACGGGGUCACCCGUGACCCCAAGCCCCACGGGGUCACCCGUGACCCCAAGCCCCACGGGGUCAUCCGUGACCCCAAGCCCCACAGGGUCACCCGUGCCCCAAGCCCCACGGGGCCACCCGUGAACCCAAGCCCCACGGGGCCACCCGUGACCCCAAGCCCCACGGGGUCAUCAGUGACCUCAAGCCCCACGGGGUCACCCGUGAUCCAAGCCCCACGGGGUCACCCGUGA